AUGAGAAACUUACAAAUUGUCGAUAUAUUAAGAUCGGUUUUGUUAUCCACCAAGUUUCAUCCUCCAAAUUGGAAGAUUGGAAGGUUGGAAGAUUGGAAGGUUGGAAGAUUGGAAGGUUGGAAGAUUGGAAGGUUGGAAGAUUGGAAGGUUGGAAGGUUGGAAGACUGGAAAACUGGAAGACUGGAAGACUGGAAGACUGGAAGACUGGAAGAC